GAAAUGUGACGGGUGGUGUUUCAUGUUUUGUCUUUUCAUGUUACUUGUUGAUUUUAUUACUUAAAUUCAAAGUGAAAUAGCUAAACAGUUCAAAUACAGUAUCGGUGAUAGAUAUGUUAUAGUUCUACAAGUGAAUAAAUCGUCUGGAAUUCGUCGUUCACGUGCCUUUGGAGCGUAUUGUCCAGGCGUGCGGCGAGGGCACGCGUCUGGCGGCUGGAGAUGGAGGACGAGGUGACGUUCAUGUUCCAGCUGGGCGUGCUGCGCGACGUGGCCUCCGCGCCCGCGCACGCCCUCACCCUCGCACACCUCAAGGACCUCGCCGUCAAGUUUGUGCACGACAAGAUACCGGACAAUGGGUUGAACCGUCUGCCAGAGCGUAUCCUGCUCUUCCGGCACGACUACUGCUCGCCCAACGUGUUGCAGCUCGUCAACUCAGCCGCAGACAUCACGGACGAGACCCUCGUUGAAAUCGUACUUACGGCUAACCCUCUGAUUUGCGAUGGUGAGAGCGCGGAGAGUGCGCCUAUACCGCGGCCGCACGCGCUCGCCGUGCACUCCUACAAGGCGCCCACAUUCUGCGAUUUCUGCGGUGAAAUGCUCUUCGGUCUCGUCCGGCAGGGACUCAAGUGUGAAGGAUGCGGUUUGAAUUACCACAAGCGAUGUGCGGUCAAGGUGCCACUGAACUGCGAAGCCCCGGUGGGUACCAGUGCAGGGGGCGGAGCACCCGGCCGGCGCGCAUCGGGAGCGCCCCGCAGCCCCUCGCGCAGUUCCACACACAGCCACGCCUCGCGCGACGACUCGUUGGUUGGCGGUACAAGUAAACGUUCAGCGAGCGCGUGGCCACCGCCAUCUUCGUUGGGUAUUCCGCAUACAUUCCAAGUGCACACAUAUACUCGGCCAACAGUAUGCCGACUGUGCAAGAAGCUGUUGCGAGGGUUGUUCAAGCAGGGUCUACAAUGUGGUGACUGUCAUUACAACGCUCAUCGCAAAUGCCUACCUUUUGUACCCAAGGACUGUGGUGCUGAGAUACGAGAUGCCCAUAGUGAGUACCAGGACAGCAGCACAGGUUCAGAGUUAUCUGAGAACGCUCGUCUGCCCGACGAUGAGUCCGACGAGGGAGCAGAUGGCGCCACCGACGAUCCCGAUCACGAGUUGUCGCGGCGAGGGCAGGAGGAGGAGCCGCAGCGUGACACUCUACCUGACCGCUCCGCCAGCAGACCCAGCAGUUCAUCUUCCUCACCAAGUGCAAACAUACCAUUGAUGCGUAUCGUUCAGUCAGUCAAACAUACCAAGAAGAGAGAAGGGCAAUGGCUAAAGGAAGGUUGGAUGGUGCACUUCACUAAUAAAGAUAAAACGAUCAAACGCCACUAUUGGCGAUUGGACAGCAAGUCUAUAACAUUGUUCACGUCAGAGCAAGGCACUAAGUACUACAAAGAGAUUCCUCUCAACGAGAUCCUGGCUGUGGACACUGGUCGUCAGCCGCACUCCGACGUGAUGCACUGCUUCGAGCUGCGUACAGCUAACGUGGACUACAUGGUGGGCGUGGACCCGGCGUGGGCGGGCGCGGCCGGCGCAGUGCCGCCCCCGCCCUCCGGCGUCGGCGCCUACCUCGCCCGCUCCUGGGAGACAGCGGUGCGACAGGCGCUCAUGCCUGUCACACAUCGCUCAGCGGAGGACAGCGAGGGUGGGGCGGAGGGGGAGGAGGGUGGCGAGGGGGAGGGAGAGGGUGGGUCAGGGGGCGGGGCGGGGCGUGCGGGACGCGCUGCUGAGAUGGCGCAGCUGUACCAGAUCUAUCCGGACGAGGUGCUCGGUUCCGGACAGUUUGGUAUCGUGUACGGAGGUCUGCAUCGCCGCACUCAGAGACCUGUCGCCAUUAAGGUGAUAGACAAACUUCGUUUCCCAACUAAACAAGAAGCACAACUGAAGAACGAGGUAGCCAUCUUGCAGAACUUAUCACAUCCAGGGGUCGUCAACUUGGAGCGAAUGUUCGAGACUCCAGAGAGAAUAUUCGUGGUAAUGGAGAAGCUGAAGGGAGAUAUGCUGGAGAUGAUACUCUCACACGAAAAAGGAAGACUAACGGAGAGAAUUACUAAAUUCUUAGUGGCACAGAUCUUGGUAGCACUAAAGCAUUUACACGAGAAGAACAUCGUACACUGCGACUUAAAACCAGAGAAUGUGCUGCUGUCCUCGGAUGAUGAGUUCCCGCAGGUCAAGUUGUGUGACUUCGGCUUCGCCAGGAUCAUAGGAGAGAAGUCCUUCAGGCGAUCUGUUGUUGGCACACCUGCAUAUCUUGCCCCCGAGGUGCUGCGCAACAAGGGUUACAACAGGUCACUGGAUAUGUGGUCUGUGGGCGUCAUCGUGUAUGUGUCAUUGUCUGGCACCUUCCCCUUCAAUGAAGAUGAGGACAUCAACGAACAGAUACAGAACGCAGCUUUCAUGUACCCUCCCACUCCGUGGAGAGAGAUCUCCGCUGAAGCGAUCGAUUUGAUCAACAACUUGCUGCAAGUGAAGCAGCGCAAGCGAUUGUCUGUGGACAAGUGCGCGGCGCACGCCUGGCUCCAGACACGCGAGGCCUGGCUCGACCUGCGCGCGCUCGAGCACCGCGUCAACGCGCGCUACCUCACCCACCCCAGUGAUGAUGCGCGCUGGCAGUGACCCCGCACCCCCUGCGCGCACCCCGCACCCGCCCCGCACAGUGACACGUCAGUAUCCUACACACAGACAUACUAGAGCGCCGCGUCAACGCGCGCUACCUCACCCACCCCAGUGACGACGCGCGCUGGCAGUGACCCCGCACCCCCUGCGCGCACCCCGCACCCGCACCCGCACCCGCCCCGCA